GACAACAAUAGCAAAAGAAAGAGGUCUGGACCCGUGCAUGCCGGACCUCAAACAGAGAGGGGAAUAAAACAGAGCACGAGUGUUUCCUCCUCCUGAAUGAACGUCACUUACAGCAGCAGCGCCUUCACGCUCCGCUGCUCCCCACUGCUUUAAGUAUUCCCGCAAUAUUAGAGGAGUCAUGAAUAACAAUUAUUCUGAGGAGGUGUAGCGAGGCGAACGGACGGAGCACUGCGCACUCUGGAUCAGAACGCCGGAUCGGGAAGAACAGAACCGAGACGUGGAGCAACAGGGUUCUCUAGGAGAAGUCAUUUGAGCUGAAAAAACAAGUUUUUGCUCCGCGUGUUGUCAUGAGGAGUUGAGAAAGGAGCGCGUUUCUUCAGGCGAGCGUGUGUCGUGCAGUCGCGUGUCCCUCUGCUCUUAUUCCGCCCAGAUGUUAGUGCACACGUAUUCCUCCACGGACCGCCAUGAUGGGGUACCGAGCCACAGUUCCAGACUGUCCCAGCUGGGUUCGGUCUCUCAGGGUCCGUACUCCAGCGCUCCGCCGCUCUCCCACACACCUUCCUCGGACUUCCAACCGCCGUACUUUCCCCCACCGUACCAGCCGCUGCCGUAUCACCAGAGUCAGGAUCCGUACUCACACGUCAGUGACCCGUACUCUCUGAACGCUCUUCACCAGCCCCAGCAGCACCCGUGGGGCUCCCGUCAGCGGCAGGACGUGGGCUCGGAGAGCGGAGGUUUACUGCCGCAGCCUCGAGCUUCUUUACCGCAGCUCUCGGGUCUGGAUCCCCGGCGGGACUACUCGACCGUGCGCCGACCGGACGUGCUGCUCCACUCUACACAUCACGGGCUCGAGGCGGGGAUGGGAGACGGUCUGUCCCUUCAUGGCCUGGCGCACGGCAUGGAGGAUGUGCAGGCUCUGGAGGACGCAAACAGCGGGAUGAACAUCCUGGAUCAGUCAGUCAUUAAAAAAGUUCCAGUUCCUCACAAGAGCGUCGCUUCUCUGAUGAUGAACAAAGACGGUCUAAUCGGCGGGAUCUCCGUGAACGUCAACGAGGUCUUCUGCUCGGUGCCCGGCCGCCUGUCGCUUCUUAGCUCCACAUCCAAAUAUAAAGUGACGGUUGGCGAGGUCCAGCGGCGCCUCUCUCCGCCAGAGUGCCUGAACGCCUCUCUGCUUGGCGGGGUUUUGCGGAGAGCGAAGUCGAAAAAUGGCGGUAGAUCACUGAGGGAAAAGCUGGAGAAAAUCGGCUUGAAUUUGCCCGCGGGGAGACGCAAAGCAGCGAAUGUCACUUUACUGACGUCUCUAGUAGAAGGAGAAGCUGUUCAUUUGGCUCGGGACUUUGGCUACAUUUGUGAAACUGAAUUUCCUACAAAGGCCGUGUCUGAAUAUCUGAACAGACAGCACACAGAUCCAAACGAACUGCACUCACGAAAGAACAUGCUGCUCGCCACAAAGCAGUUGUGUAAGGAGUUCACGGACCUGUUGGCUCAGGAUCGCACUCCAUUAGGAAACUCUCGGCCUACGCCCAUCCUGGAGCCAGGAAUCCAGAGCUGCCUGUCACACUUUAGCUUCAUCACGCACGGUUUUGGUUCUCCAGCCAUCUGCGCCGCCCUCACGGCUUUGCAGAAUUACCUGACUGAAGCCCUUAAAGGCCUCGACAAGAUGUUCCUGAACAACCCCACUUCCAACCGACACACACCUGCAGACGGACCCGGCUCCAAAGGCGGAGAGAAAGAGGAAAAACACAGGAAAUGAACUGUGGAAAUACGAUAUCAAGGAAGGAGAGUCGUUGGAGAUGUUCAGAGAUUCUAUAAACUCUAGUUUUAUGACAUUGCGUUUUACAUUCUGGGUUGAAGGUGGAGAGUGGACGACAGAUCAUGGGAAAACGAAAGGAACGAUUGACUGGAGGACACAAGUCUGCUGUGACACGUUCACCAUCUUCAUCUCAUUCGUGUGCGAGUGUGAAAACAUUCAAGGAGUGUUUGUGAGUGUGUGUUUUUGUGUAUAAACGUUUGACAUUUUACAUGAUGUUAGACGCAGGCUGUCCUUUACACACAUGCUCAUGAAUCUGAUACCUAAUAUUUGAGUGUUCAUCCGUGUAAUGGCCAGCACACAGCACACAGGUUUGCUUGGGAUAUUGGUGGAGACACUUUUAACUACUAUAUUUAAUUAUACUUAUUAUACAAAAUUAUUGGUGCACACUUCUGCAAUAUUAAAUACAUUCCAUUCAGCCUUUGCCAAAACUACAGUACAACAAAUUCACACAAACAUCUGUCCAUAAAACACAAAAGUGGUUGUUAAGUGAAACAUUUGCUCCAUUGCUUGAAAGAAAGACAAAUUAUUCUAAUAUAGGAGAUUUUAUUGCAUUUAUUGCAAUGAAAUUGAGUGUUAGCCAAAAAGAGGCUGUAAAUGUGCUACAACAAAGAGUCAUGCUAGUUACGGUCCAGUCCAUCACUGAUGUUACAUCCAUAGUAUGAGCUAUACUUUACAUAAUCACAGUAAUUCAUUACAUAUGAAUUUCUCAGUUUGAUUAUUCAUAUAAAGAUUACAAACCAAAUUUUAAACUCUGAGAUUUAACAUAUUCUUUCAAACACCUCGGGCAAUAUUCAGAAAAGCUUGCUUUUCAAAAAAGCAAGAAAGAGAAAUGAACAUGAGAGCAAUUUUGUAUUUUUUGGUUGUAUUUCUUUGUAUUUGAAACUGCUAUUGCUUGUGCUGUCUUGGCCAUUUGGUUGUGAAAAUGUGAGGACAUUUUCAACUUACUUUUAACAUGGCAAUCAUCUUAGCUGACCAACUGAAUCACAACUGGGAUUUCAUCUGUUGCUUAUGUAUUAUUUUUUUUUUAAUAUAUACUAAAACAUUUACACAGACUUAAAUCAACAUAGACACACAUUUAUGCCCUAAAUAUGGUUUAUUUGUUUUACAACCCUACAUCAGCUGAAUGGAAGCUUGCUUUGACCGUGGUGUUGACAGCGUCAACAAAAAAAGACUUUUGAAAACAGACAUAAAAAGGUUCUGCAUAUAACUGAGGUAUAUAAGGACAGGUGACCGCGCGUGCUGGAACGCGGCCACGCGCAGCCUUUUCGCGCUCGCCUCGACCGGCGUGGGCGCGCAUUUUCUCAGUCCCGCAAGCUGGAUUAUAGCCUGUCUGUCAAAGUUAAUAUUUGGUUUACUGUGUGAGGAAGGUUCUUUUAUUUAUGUUUGUAUAUAUUUAUUUAUGCUUAAUUUAAUGGGCGUUUGUACAUAGGAAUAGACUGGGUCGUCUAUCUGUGACUGUCUCUGUGCGUGGGUGAACGCUUGUUUUAGAUAGCAUCUUGUAUUUUUUGUUUCAUAGAUACGGUGUUAUGUGGUGAAGGCUAGAAGUUGGUUCUUGUCUGGUGAUUUUCAUUUACCUCGAAAUAAGAAUAAAACGUGUGUUUUAUUGUA